AUGUCCAACCCAUUUGACUUGUUAGGCAACGACGUUGAAGACGCUGAUGUCGUCGUCCUCCCACCAAAGGAAAUCGUCAAAAAGACCACCUCCUCCAAGAAAACCGACACUCCCCCACCUUCAGCUAACCCAGCUAGAGCCAACAAAAACAGAUCUGCCAAGCAAUCCACUGGUAACGACAGAGCUUUAAAGGACAAAUCCGCUGGUAGACAACAAAACCAAAAGAAGGAAGUCUCUUCCAACUCCACUUCCAAGAGAUCAACCGACAGAAAGAAGACCGACCGUCAUUCAAGAACCGGUAAGACCGAUUCCAAGAAGAAGAUCGAUCAAGCUUGGGGUUCCGAUGCCACUGAAUUAGAUGACGAAACUGCUGCUAAGCAAGACGCCGAAUCUGAAAUCGCCCAAGAUGCUGCUGCUGCUGCCGCCUCUGCUUCCAAGCAAAUGUCUUUACAAGACUACAUGCAAUCCGUUUCCGGUAACCAAUUGAACAAGACUCCAGAAACCAAGCAAGCUAGUGACGUCUUGGAAAACGCCGAAUUGUUCGUCAAAGAACAAGAAGUCUUGGUCGAACCAACCAAGGUCAAGUCUUUGAGAUCCAAGCAAUUGAAGACCAAGGAAUUCUUGGACUUUGACGCCACUUUCUCCGAUGCUUUGCCAAAGAACAACAGAAGAGCCGGUAAAUUCAACAAGGGUGGUAAGAAGAACUCAAAGAAAAACUCCCCACCUCCAAAGACUUUGGACUCCAUGAACUUACCUUCUUUGGCUUAA